GGGGACUCAGGUUGCCAUCUGCACAUUGGGAGCUGUAGCGGGCCCCCUUUUUUUUCCCCCUCCGCGCUGGUGGAUACCAGAUACAGUUUCAGGAUCGGGGACAUUUAUAUCCCCUUUGUUCAAGAAAAAGCAAAAAUUGUGAAAAUGAUGGAGGCUCACCUGACAAAGAUGUCCAUGGCUCCGUCGUGUUCGCCCACCGAGUCUAGCGGAAGCGGCGGGAUGGACGACAGCAGAGGAGCCAGGAGCCCGGCCCCCGGCAAAGCCCUCAGCCCAGCUCUGGUCUGCAAAGUGUGCGGAGACACCAGCAGUGGAAAACACUACGGCAUUUACGCCUGUAACGGCUGCAGUGGUUUCUUCAAACGCAGCGUGAGGAGGAGACUCAUUUACAGGUGUCAGGCGGGCACGGGCAUGUGUCCAGUAGACAAAGCCCAUCGCAACCAGUGCCAGGCGUGCCGGCUGAAAAAGUGCCUGCAGGCGGGCAUGAAUAAAGACGCUGUGCAGAAUGAGCGGCAACCCCGCAGCACAGCUCAGGUGCGUUUGGACUCCAUGGAUGUGGAUCACGAGAAGGAGCACCUGGCUACCACGCGAGAGCCCACCUGUUCCUCUUCCUCCUCUUCCUCGUCCUCCUCCUCAAGUGGCUCGGUCAUCACGUGGCCCCACAUCACCUCGUCCGUCGCCAUCACCUCCUCGGUGCCCCCGCAACGCUGCGUCAGCCCGCAUAACAACCACCGCUUCAUGGCCAGCCUCAUGACGGCCGAGACUUGCGCCAAGCUGGAACCUGAGGACGUUGACGAGAACAUUGACGUGACCAGCAAUGAACCGGAGCGGGCGUCUUCGGAGUACCACAUGGCACUUUACCCAUCCACCUCAGAAAAUAUCUACGAGACUUCGGCCAGACUUCUCUUUGUAUCGGUCAAGUGGGCCAAGAACCUGCCAGUAUUUUCCAACCUGCCCUUCAGAGACCAGGUGAUCCUACUCGAGGAGGCAUGGAGCGAGCUCUUCCUCUUGUGUGCAGUCCAGUGGUCUCUGCCGCUGGACAGCUGCCCCUUGCUCUCCUUGCCAGACCUGUGCCCGGGUAUGCAGGGCAAGACCAGCUACACCAGCCUGGACCUGAGACUCCUCCAGGAGGUCUUCAGCCGCUUUAAGGCACUCGCCGUCGACCCCACGGAGUUCGCUUGCCUCAAGGCCAUUGUGCUCUUUAAGCCUGAGACCCGUGGUCUAAAAGAUCCAGAACAAGUGGAGAACCUUCAGGAUCAGUCGCACGUAAUGCUGGGACAACAUAUCCGCUCGCACUACCCCAGUCAAGCGGCCAGGUUUGGAAAGCUGCUGCUACUUCUGCCGUCGUUACGUUUCGUCAACUCCGAGCGCAUCGAGCUGCUGUUCUUUCACAGAACCAUCGGAAACACUCCCAUGGAGAAACUACUUUGCGACAUGUUUAAAAACUGAUUCUGUUGGCGAAAAACGUGUGCAGUCUUCAUUUUAUUACCAGUAUUGGCAGAUUGCUGCUUUUGUUAAAGCUUUUAAGGUUAAAUUUAAGGUCACAGUUUGCUCUUGCCACGCCAGGUAAUUCAGUCUCGUCUUGCUUGUAUAUUAUUUUUGUGUCAAGCGGCUCGUUUGCAAAUAUUUCUCAGUUCUCUUCUUCCAUGGAUGAUUUGUUUGCUGGGUUGAUAGAUGGACUGUAUAAUCAAUAUU